AUGGUGCUGGUACAGAAGCUUGCAGGCUACCCUCGCCUGAUCUUGGCCGGAAACCCUUCGAAGAUUGACAUAGGCCUGCUACUAUCAGGCAUAGUGUGCGCAAUUGCAUCCGGAGUGCCAUUUCCAUUGAUUGGAAUCAUCUUUGGUCAGCUAAUCAACGACUUCAAUACCGCAACAUGUGAUCAGUCCGAUACACCUGGCUCGGCAUCUCAACUCCAGCAUGGGAUCAACGACAAGAUACUUACGAUAUUCUAUCUGGCAAUUGCACAGUUUAUCACAAUAGGUGCCCAUCUCUUCUGUUUCAGUACCUUCGGAGCUCGGCUGGCCCAACGAUUACGGGAGCGCUAUUUGCAAAAUCUCCUUCGACAGGAACCUUCAUACUUCGACAAUCUGCCUCCCGGAGAAGUCGCAUCUCGACUCAGCGCCGAUAUACAAACAAUUCGCUCGGGAACGUCCGAGAAAGUUGGGAUAUGUCUCGCCAGUGUCUCCUUUUUCGUGACGGCGUACAUCGUCGCUUUCAUCAAGGAUCAUGACCUGGCUGCCAUGUUGGUCUCGCUCAUACCAGCUUACUUCUUGAUGUCGUUCGUCGGAAGCCACUACAUUGAGAAAUACGCGGGCCUCAUGUCGGACUACGCUGCAUCUGCAGCAUCCAUUGCGUCUGAGGCCCUCUCCAACCUCACUGUUGUCCAAGCUUUCGGUGCGAAUAAGCGACUGGAAGAGAAAUUCUCUGAUGCUCUCCAGUCGUCAGAACGAGAGGGGCUGAAGAAAUCUCUGGCGAUCGGCAUCCAGUCUGGGGUUUUGUACUUUGUGGCCUAUUCUGCGAAUGCACUGGCGUUCUGGCAAGGGAGCAAGAGCAUUGCAGAUUUUGCCGACCACCACUCCAAUGGCGCCACUGUUGGCUCUACAUUUACGGUCAUCUUCAUACUGGUUGAAGCUACGUUGCUACUUAGCCAGGUGGCACCCUUUGUUCACCUUUUUAUGGCUGCUGUUGCUUCGUUCGAGAAGCUCCGUACAGAUAUGGAACGCGAACCAUCGAUCGACGGCACUUCAACCUUGGGCCUUACACUAUCUAAUGUGGCGGGGAACUUUGAGUUCAAAGACGUAUCCUUCACUUAUCCAUCUCGGCCCGAAAUCACUGUCCUCGACCGAAUCCACAUUUCUAUACCUGCGCUGAAGCACACGGCCAUUGUCGGUCUUUCUGGCAGUGGCAAGUCCACAAUCGCAAGUCUAGCAACGCGCCUCUUUGAUCCCACCCAUGGGGAGAUAUUCUUGGACGGAAACAACAUCAAGAACCUGAACAUACGCAGCAUGAGAAGCUUCAUAAGCCUAGUCCAGCAGGAGCCAUCUCUGCUUGAUAGGUCAAUCCUGGAGAACAUUGCGCAUGGAUUAGUCAACUCAAGCAAUCCGGAGCAUGCGCAUUUAAAGACAAUCCUCCUCGGCUCUGAACUUGCUGAUCUCGCGACUGAAGUGAGGGAAGGGAAAGAUCUCUCGACUGCUGCAAAGAAUCGAGGGCCAGGAAUGGUCGAACUAGUCACUUUGAUUCGGAAGGCUGCUACUCUUGCAGAUGCAGACCAAUUUAUUGAAAAGCUACAAUAUGGGUAUGCUACUCUUGUCGGUUCGAGUGGACGUCUUAUCAGCGGUGGCCAGAAGCAAAGAGUGGCUUUAGCAAGGGCUCUGGUAAAAGAUCCUGUGGUUCUAAUUCUCGACGAAGCCACUGCCGCUUUGGAUUCACGGAGCGAACGGAGGAUCCAAGAGGCCAUUGCCAAAAUUGCAGGAGGAAGGACAGUGCUGACCAUAGCACAUCGCUUGUCCACGAUCAUCGGCGCAGAUAACAUCAUUGUCUUGCACAAAGGACGCGUGGUAGAAGAAGGAAGUCAUUCAGUCUUGAUGGCUAAAGAGGGCGCUUAUGCCGACUUGGUCAAACUGCAAUCUCUGGCAACUUCGGAUGAUAGCAGCAAACCUGCUACAGGAAGAGACGCUACAAGCGACUCAGAUGGCCUGUCAGAGAUUGACGAUGAAACAUAUCUCACGAAGGGCAGCGCGAAUGAGAGCGUGAAAGAGGAAGUAUCUCGACUCUCGGAGAGCCAAGAUGCUGAAGUCCCGUCCUCAGAGGGACAGAGCGAGCCUGAGACUCCACCAAUCUCUCUAUGGGCAUUGCUCAGGGGAUAUGCACCAGCUUUGAGGCCACACAUUCUUAUGCUGACCGCUGCGCUUAUCGGUUCGACUAUUGUUGGUGGAGCCUUCUCUGGCGAAGCCGUGAUAUUUGGAAACACGGUGGGGAGCCUCGAUAUCUGCAAGACCCCAUCGAGCAUCCGAGCAAGCGGUAACUUCUAUGGACUCAUGUUCUUUGUUCUCGCAAUCAUCGAACUGUUUGCCAAUGUGGUCAGUUGGUCUGGCUUUGGCUGGAUCUCUGAAAAGAUCGUCUACUCGGCGCGAGUGCUUUCAUUCCGAUCGCUCUUUGAACAGGAUAUCCAGUGGCAUCAAUCCAGCGGGCGAACACCUGCGUUGCUUCUCUCAUACAUCACGAGAGAUGGCAAUGCCUUGGCUGGCCUGAGCGGCUCCAUUAUCGGAACCUUGCUUUCGAUUACUAUCAAUCUCGUCGCGGCCAUUGUUUUGACGCAUAUCAUUGCAUGGAAGAUUGCUCUUGUCUGCCUAGCGUUGGUGCCUCUUCUACUCGGGGCCGGCCUGAUGGAACUGAGAGUGCUGGGCAGUUUUGAAGAGCGCCACGAGAAUGCGUACAGCAAGUCAGUCGACAUUGGCACGGAAGCAAUCUCAUCCAUCAAAACAGUCUCAUCGCUCUCUCUGGAACAGGAGACGAUCAAUGUUUACCGGCGUUCACUCAAAGGCCCUCGCCAAGAGACCUUCAAAGUCACUCUACAGGCGAGCUUCUGGCAAGCCCUUACCUACUUCUUGGGUAAUUGCGUUAAUGCAUUGGCAUAUUGGUGGGGAUCGAAACAAAUCAUUGCAGGCAACUACACACAGACGCAAUUUCUUAUUGUGGUGUUUUCUCUCCUUGUUAGCGCAAUGCUUUGGAGUCAGAUGUUUGCUCUUGCCCCAGAGCUGUCAAGUGGUAGGGCUGCUAUGGCGAGGAUUCUGAGUCUCAUUGAGCUGGGAUCGGACAAACUGCAAGGCAAUCUCCGUGGCCCGCAUCCUAACAAUGAAGCGUCGUCGGAGGAGGAGAAAGAUCUCGAGGCGACGAGUGAGGCGAAGGGUUUGCGAUCGGGUAGCAACCAAGCCUCAGCUGUGAGAUUUUGCGACGUGCAUUUCUCUUAUCCCGCUCGGCCGAGUGUCAAGGUACUGAGCGGGUUGAACAUGGAGAUUCCUGCAGGCACUUUCGCUGCUCUGGUAGGACCCAGUGGCGCAGGCAAAUCCACCAUCAUAUCGCUGGUAGAACGUUUCUACACACCGCAGGUCGGCUCCGUCAUCAUCGACGGGAUUGACGUGACGAAAAGCAGCGACGUAUCUUUCCGAGACUCUAUCGCCUUGGUGCCACAGGAGAAUGUGCUCUUUGAGGGGACCAUAGAGUUCAACAUCAGUCUUGGAGCCAAGCCAGGACAUGCCGUAUCGUUGGAAGAGAUUCAGGAGGCGUGCAAGCUCGCCAAUAUUCACGAGGUUAUCCAAGGUCUACCAAACGGUUACCAGACGCUGUGCGGACCCAAUGGGAAUCAGUUCUCGGGUGGGCAGAAACAGAGGCUGUCAAUUGCUAGGGCUCUGGUUCGGAAGCCCAAGCUUCUGAUUCUGGACGAGCCGACGAGUGCUCUGGAUGCUGAAUCCGAAAGGCUGCUGCAAACUGGUCUGGAGAAAGCUUCGAAGGGUAUCACGGUCAUUGCCAUCGCGCAUCGCUUAAACACGAUAAGAAAGGCAGAUCGCAUUUAUCUUAUUGAGGCGGGCCGGUGCGUUGAAUCUGGCUCUCAUGAGGAGCUGCUGAAGAGAUCGCCAAGCUACAGGUUGAAUGUAAUGCAUCAGACAGUUGCGGAGUAG